AUGGCUACCCCUAGUGUUCUCGCUUUUGACGCUGAGGGUCGGGCCAUUGAGUUUGACGUCUGGAUAGAUGACCUGCAGCUUUUCUUACAAUGCGAUAGGGAAGACGGUCUCUCCCUCUUUGACCUCACCUCUGGUGCCUCUCCCGCCCCUGCUGCUGAUGCUGACGCCACUGUUCGCUCCCAGUGGGCCACGCGCGAUGCUACUGCACGUCUUGCUGUGCGUCGCCACCUCCCUACCUUUGAGCGUGCACACUUUAGUCAGUACAAGAGUGCUCAGACCUUGUACGACGCUGUAGUUGCACGCUACUCCUCCCCUGCCACUGCUGCACUGAGCCGUCUCAUGCUACCGUACCUCUUCCCUGACCUUGCUGCCUUUCCCACAGUCGCUGACCUCAUUACGCACCUCCGCACUAGUGACACUCGCUACCAUGCUACGCUUCCUGCUGAGGACCACUUCCUCGCAGUGUGCCCCUCCACUCUCACCGUUGACCUCCUCGAGAAGGCCCUCCUAGCAGCGGAGAAGAGCAUAGUCGCUAUAGGAGCCUCUCGUGGUGACCCGCGCACCCCUGUCUUUGAGGGGUGUUCUCCCUCCCCCCUCUUGCCCUCGAUUGCUUCUGCUGCUGCGGCCGACUUUGUUGGUUUUGAGUCAGUCGGCGCUGCGUCUGCCCCUUCGGAGAAGCGCCGCACAGGCAAGGGCAAGGGGGGCAAGGGCGCUGGAGGAGCUGGCGGGGGCGGUGGAGGCGGCGGUGGAGGCGGCGGUGGAGGCGGCGGAGGGAGUGGGGGUAGUGUUGAGAGUGGUGUGCGGAGAUAA